GUAAAUAAAUAAUAAUAAUAAUAAAACUUAAUAUUUGUUUUUUCAGAUUCAAAUCUCUUAUUAAUGUCUUUCAAUCCCAUACGUAAUUUGCUCCCCAUUUCUCCAUAUCGCUCUGGCCUCGCCCUCCCCUCCUGGAGUUGAACCACCACCUCCCCCGCCUUCUCCUAUUUCUUUGCCCACUAGUCUCCUUCUCUUCCCUCUCUAUCUGCUGAAGUUCAACCUCUGAAUCAAGUAAAGGGUCCAAUAAUACUAGCAGAGUAUGUUCAUCCUUUUGUUUUUUCUCCUUUCUUCAUCUCUCUCAAUGAUCCCGUCUCAUAUCGCUUGAUCUUGGCUUUUAGAACUCGUAAUCUUUGAUUAAACCGCCUUUUGUCCAAUACCCAUGUGCUAAAAACUCUAAUUUCAAUGCUGUCUGUUACAAGGUAGCUGUUUGGGUACUGUAUCAUCCACUUUUAGAUUUUCUUGUUGACAUGGUUUCUUGGAAUAUGGCUUUUUCACUGGGGAGACAAACCAUGAUUGCUAUUUGAAGUUUGAGGUUUCUAAAGCUACUUCAAUACGAAAAGGGUUUAUCUGGAUUGGACCCAGGAAGUGAAUUUUGAUAGAGUUUUGUUGUAGAGAUGCAGCCAAGAAUUGUUCCAUUAGAGGAGGGCAAUGACCCUGUGAUUCCAAUCAAAACAAGCCAACCCAAAACUUUCCCGCUAAGGUUACUCCAGUUAUUUCUGUUGUUUUUAGCUUUAUGUAUCCCAUUUUCAAUCAUUAGUACAUACACAAUCAAACGUUUUGGAGUUAACAAUGUUGUGACCAAAGUUAAGACUGCUCCCAAGCUAUGUCUUGAGGAACCUAAUGCUUUGGACCGUUGGAUUAGGCCUCCUUCGAAUCUGUUUCACAAGAUGAACGAUGAAGAGCUCUUUUGGAGGGCUUCAUUUGUUCCCAGAAUAAAGAAGUAUCCUUUCAGUAGAACUCAAAAGAUUGCAUUUAUGUUCUUGACCAAGGGGCCUCUACCUCUGGCACCUCUUUGGGAAAGGUUUCUGAAGGGGCAUGAAGGGUUGUAUUCAAUCUAUGUUCAUUCGAUACCAACAUUUGAACCCAAGUUUCCACCUUCAUCCGUUUUUCAUGGAAGACAAAUCCCAAGCCAAAUUGCUGAAUGGGGUAAGAUGAGUAUCUGUGAUGCUGAAAGAAGGCUUCUCGCAAAUGCAUUGCUCGAUAUAUCUAAUGAACGGUUCAUUCUCCUAUCCGAAUCCUGCAUUCCUCUAUAUAAUUUCACUGUCAUCUACAACUACAUAAUGAAGUCCAAACAUAGCUUCAUUGGUGCAUUUGAUGACCAUGGUCCAUACGGGAGAGGACGAUACAAUGAAAACAUGGCACCUGAGGUGAAUAUCACCCAGUGGCGAAAAGGUUCUCAGUGGUUUGAGAGUAACCGUAGGCUCGCAGUUAAGAUAGUGGAGGAUACUACAUAUUACCCAAAAUUUGAAAAAUUCUGUAGGCCCCAUUGUUAUGUUGAUGAACACUAUUUCCCCACCAUGCUAACCAUUGAAGCAGCCCAUCUCUUAGCAAAUAGAAGUCUUACUUGGGUGGACUGGUCAAGAGGUGGAGCUCAUCCAGCAACCUUUGGAGGGGCAGAUAUAACAGAGGAAUUUUUCGCAAGGAUUUAUCAAGGCCAGCUCUGCACUUACAACACUGAACCCUCUUCGACAUGUUUUCUUUUCGCGAGAAAAUUUGCUCCAAGUGCAAUGGAACCUUUGUUACAUAUUUCACAUGAGGUUUUGGGAUUCUGACACAAGAUAUCAACUAUUUUUGACCUAUGAACAUGUUCUAUCAGAAGUAUUGGUGAUAGGAUUGCUUACUUGCUUUGUAUACUUCUCUUGCAGAGAUCUGGUGGAAUGCUUUUAUUCAGUUUAGCUUG